UGGAAGUUCAGACAUCUGUAUGUUACCACCAGCACCAGCAGAGACAACCGAGAUAUAGAAAAAGAUAACACAGGUAUAAUGAUAACUCAAUGAUGUAAAACAUACUCAUUCAGCUGUCAUCGUUAUCACUAAAUAAUAAUUACUCCCGUAAUGUUAUUUAUAAAUUCUCCAGUGGACUCUCUCGAGUUAAACCCAACGAUGUCUCUACAUGCUGAUAAAAAUAUAAAUCUGUGUUGUUUAAAUUUAUCAUACGAGUGCGCUUGAAAAAGUCCAAAAACAAUAGUUAUUUUUUUUUAUUUUUUUUUUUCGUUUACUAGAAAAAUGUGUGUCAAGUGACGUAGUUGUUGUUACUCCAAGACGUUAUAUCAAUAAUAAAUGUCAUCUUUGAUGUUGAUUUGUCAAUUACUCAACAUUCAGUUGCUGAGUUAUAUAUUUUUACAAUAAUUAUCCAGGCCAUGAUUAUUAGUUUUUUAUUUGGAAUAUAAACAUGGCCGCUCGUGUGUUAUGUGACAAAUGUUUUUUUAUGGUAUUACGUGAAACAUAGCAACUAAAUAUAUAAAUGACAUUUAUUUUUAUAAAAUAUGCACCAUCGAGACCCAGGCUGGUGUCUGGGUGAGCAAUGAACGUAUUAAGGAUUUUAAUACCGUGCGCGUUGCAGCGAGGCGAAGAAAGUGACGUUAACAGUAGAAGUGGGUGCUGGUCAUCAGUAGGAAAAAGGAAUAAUGAUGAAGAUGUACGUAUGACCCAUAGGAUGGGAGCAUCGGCCUCUUCAAAUCUAGCCGCUGUCGGUGGUGACCCGAUACAGGCGGCAAGACUUUCAUCUUCUGGAAAUCCGGAUCAGUUCAACAUCGGCAUCAGGGAGCGAAAAAAGAAAGUAACUGGUUUCGCGACUCUGAGGAAGAAGUUCAUCCGGAGACGGCGAUCGUCAAAGGCAUGCGACCACGGGCGAGUGAUACGUGAGCUGGUGUCAACCUGGAGUCCGCUGGAGGCGUCAGCGCUGCUUGAGGAGUAUGAAGCUCUCGCUGCACUUAAAGACCUUCAUGUACAAGCAGAAUUGGCGCGGCCACCGGCAGCUACUUUCAAACAAGACUUGUCAACUUUGUAUGACUACAAACACUGUACGGACGUUGAUCUAGUCUACCGGGGCGCGUGUUUCCCUGUGCACCGCGCACUGCUGUCAGCAAGAUGUCCGUACUUCCGAGAGCUGCUGUCAGGAUGCCCAGGGUACGGAGCGCGAAUAUGCUUGGAGUUGCGAACGCCGAACCUGGAAGUCCACAUGUUCUCGGCGCUACUGCGUUACCUGUACACCGGAGACAUUUGUUCCCAUGACACGUCGUUGGAUCCAAGUCUGCUACGGCGGCUGGGUGAAGAAUUUGGAACUCCGAACCACUUGGAUCACGAUCUCCGUUACUUGUUAGAUACUGGGGAUUAUGCAGACGCGGCGCUGGUCUUCACGUCUGAUGGCGACUACCAACGACCUGACAGUGGCAGCUCCGAGUACGGAUUUCGACCGAAACUCGAGCUGCCCUGCCACAAAGCUAUUUUGUCAGCCAGGUCAACAUUCUUCCGCAAUCUCAUCCAACGACGGACGCGUUCCGGUGAAGAUCACACUGAGCGGGCGCUGCAUAUACCCACGAGAAUUGUCUUGGACGAGAGCGUUAUUCCUAAAAGAUACGCGCGAGUACUUCUGCAUGCCGUUUACUUGGACACCGUGGACUUGUCAUUGAUAUUGAGAGGCAGCGGUUGCGGGAGCAGUACCGGGAGUCUCGGUGAAGUACAAGCAUUAACGCAUACUGGACGAAUGCGGCCAAGUCCACUGGAAGAAGCCAUGGAGCUGUAUCAAAUCGGGCGGUUUCUAGAGCUUGACAUUCUCUCCCAAGGUUGCGAAGACCUAAUUCUAGAAUGUUUGACCCAAGAAUCACUGCCUACUGUCCUCAGGUGGGGAAGUCAACCGCACGGCUCGGCAUGGGUCCAUAGACAAGCGUUGCACUUUCUCAGAGAGGAGUUUCAAUCGAUAGCUUCGUCGCCAGUUCUAUUUCAGUUAGACCACGUCCACCUAGCUCAGUCUCUGCAAAGUCAUUUUCUCCAGGCAAGCGAGCUGGAAGUACUCCAGGCCGUACUAAAGUGGGGCGAGCAGGAGCUGGUGCGACGCAUGGAAGAUCGCGAGCCAAAUAUACUCAGCCACACCGUGCACUCUGUCACACGCAAGGGCGUCAAGAAACGCGAUCUCAGUGACAUCGAGCUAAGGGAAAUUCUCAGCGAACUUUUACCUCUCGUCAGAAUGGACCACGUGCUCCCACCCAACAAUGAAAUCCUCACUCAGGCUAUAAGAAGAGGCCUAGUAUCAACGCCGCCGAGUCAUAUGAUCGGCGACGAGCGUGAAAAUUUACGAAUCAACGCGUGGAUCAGAGGAGGGAAAAGAAAUGGACUAUUUAUACGGCCUCGUUUAUUCAUGCCCUACUAUGAGGAGAUAAAGAGUCUAGUCGAAGAACACAUGGUACAAGAAGCAGAAUUAGUUAGAUUAAGAAGGGCGCGAUACAUUCCCGACAUACCAGAUACACUGUACAUGGUGGAUGAGAAACCGCGAUCAAUGGGCACUGCUGGUGUUGAUGUUCUCGCCGCAGCUCUUCCUGUUCCAGACGCAGUUACAAUGUCAGCGAUGUUGAAACGGGAGCAAAAACUCCGUCAGUCUCCAAGCUGUCAACGCGCAAUGACUCUACCGUUAUCUUGCCGGCACGAGAUCAGCAGACAAGUGAGACUACGCGUCGUACGCGAGUUCAAUUUACCUGACGCGGUUGCCGAUCUCCUUGAGAAUGCUGCGUGUUACAAUGCUGAGCAAGAAGAAUCCAUGACGGACAUGGAAAACAUGGAACCAGUUAGCACUGGGAGCAUUAAUAUUAGCAGUACUUCUGCAGCAUGUUACGGCCGAAAUAUGACUUUCCCGCGACCAAACUCCUCGUAUGGAAUUAGACACGAACUUCCUGCUGUGGUUACUGAGGGAGAGAAUUACAGACUUCCAGGAGAGCCGUCACCGAACAACCAAUGCAACGACGGGCACUUAUCGGGCAUAAUGCCUGACGUAGCGAUGGCAACGGCUUCAUUCGGAGCUCUCCAGCUAGCGGAUCAGCAAGAACUGGAACUUGAUCUCGGGGACGGUGCGUCGCACCUCCUGCAUCCCGGGCCGGCACCCGGUUCUGCCGGAGUCCAUCACCCGCUGCUUCCUCACCAGAGGCAGAGACACUACGCCGGGCUUCCACCGCAUCCUUACAUGUAUCAUCGCUCCAACACCGGCUUACCCAGGUUCAUUUGAAACCAUCCGUAUACCAACAUGUAUUCAACAAAUAAUUAUUAAUUAAUAAAUUAAUUAAUUGUGUAAUAGUGUAAUGGUGUGAUAACUACGUCGCGUGCGUCUGUGUAAAUAUAUUACAGUUAUAGAAAAAAAUUACUGAUGACAUUUAAACGCAUAAGUCUUAUAUUGAUAAUAAUAAUUAAUUAUUAAUAUUGUUUGAUAUUUUGUUUGUUUAAAACAAUUGUAAUCAAUCAAGACUCUCAUUUCCUAUUUAAUUUCUACAUGACAUUUUAAUUUUUUUUACUCAUUUAUUUAUAUAUUUUUAAAUCUUAAGUACGGAUGGCUGUUAUUUUAUUUUUUUUAUUUUGUUCUGAAAUUGUAGAUUUGUCGGUACUUGUAGCAAAGUAUAUUACAUAACUAGUGAUAAAAAAAAAUAAGAAACAAAUUGAAUGGAAUGAAAUGACAAGAAAUGAAUAAUAGAAGACAAAAAAAAAAUAUAAAUAUUGUAAUUGAUCGUAAGUGUAUGAUAUAAGACUGCAUGUUACGUCGAUCGCAAUGACAAUUUAACGUUAAUGGAUGUACUGACUAGACUGUGAGACUAGUUUAUUGUUAGCUAUCAAUAAUAGUAACAUUUGUAUUGGACCAAUCUAACUAUUAUUGAUUAGAUCGUUAGUAAAAGAUAAUAUUACUAAUUAUGAUUAUAUUUGAUUGUAAUUUAAACUACUGCAUUGACGUGUAGAUUUUUAAAAUAAUUUUCAUAUUUUCGCCGUUUAAAUUUAGAGAUUAAAUGUCUGCUAAUGAUCGAGACGAAUCGGUUUUUGAAUAAAAACAAUUUCGCGCGGGUUUCGAAUUAUUGUUUUCUUAUCUAGAGAAGCGAAAUUCUUGUUUCCGGGCAGUAAAUUUAGUAAAGAUUUUUCUGAAUUUUAUUUGUUUAUUGUAACAGGAGUAGAUUUGGAGGGAAUACGGAUUUUAUUUCAGCCAGAAUUUAAUCCGUCACUCGGACUUUCGGAAAUUUUUUUAAAAAUCACUCCACGUACGGAUUUUUUUUUCAGCGGAGUAAUUUUUGAGUGACGUAAAUUUAAUUUCUAUUCGCAUUCACUCCGAUCCAGAAUUUAAUUAUUAAAAUAAACUCCCAGGGAUUAAAUUUAAUCCGGAAUUACUUAGCAAAUUUUUCGCGUGUCAUCAUAUAAAUAAAAUUGACAUUUUAAUUUUUAAAUGCACUCUUAGAUUCUCUCGUUCCGACAAACUCGAGACAUUUAAACUCUAAGCAGACUUAAAUGCGGUUAAUUAUGAAAAUUAUAGUGUGCCGUCACACAAUUUACUAUUUAAUAAAUAGUAAAAUAAAUAAACGCUGUUUCAUUGUUUGGAUUUAUUUAAAAAAUUAUUUCGAAUAGAUUUUAAAUGAAUCUGUAUUAAUUAGACUUGUUGAAAUUUAUUUAUAAUUGUUUUUGUUCUUAACAAUUCGAAAUUAUAGCUUUAAAUUUAAUAGACUUAAAAAUAAUAUCCAGUGUCACUAGUUAAAUAAUUAAAUAUUAGGUAACUGCAUUUAUUUUAAAUUUAGUUUAUAAGUUUUUAUAAACCAGUGUUCUCAAUUUUUUAGACUAAAUUUUAAAGGUGUACUCUCUCAUAUUAAUUUAUGGUUAUAUUAUUUAUAAGGCGGAAUACUAUUUGCGUUUGACACUGCCAAGAAAUGCAGUUUAUUAAGUAAUAGUUUCUUUAAAAAAUCUAUAAGAUUUCUGUUGUAAAUACGUCGAACCUAGAGUUUGAAAAAAAAAAUAUAUAUAUAUAAAUAUAUAUGUUAUAUUAAUUAAUCGACGAAUUAGAGCAUUGAAGUAAUUAGUAUAAGUAAUGUACAUAAUACGUAAUUCAUUUAUAAAUGAAAAAUAUUUUCAUUCGCGUGCAUAAUUAUUUUUAUUUUUUAAUGAUUUUGGUUAUAAAUAUUCAAAGGGGAAAGGGUUUUUUUUUCAGAGUACCUUCGUUAUGAAAAUUCUUAAAAUUUGUAACAUUAUUAAGCAUCAUUUCAAGAAUAUUUUCCUAAAUUUUUAUAAAAAAAUAUUGAAAAAUAAGCCAAUGGUAGUGGGGAGAGACGAGUCGCCUCAAAAAAAAAGUCUCCAUGCCGUAGACAGGGUAACUGACUCUCUUAUCUAAAAUCAAAAAACCAAAAAGAUUUCUUUAGUACACAAGUUUAUCUUGGAUUUGAACGAAGGAUUUUUUUUUUCAAUGACUACUCAUUUUUAAUUAAACAAAAGGAAGAAUUUUUGGCAAAAAUCAGAAUUUUUUGAUUGCGCCUUUACCAAAAAUUCAAAAAUGAAUACUUUGUUUAUUCCUUCGUUCAAAUCCAAAAUAAACUCAUGUACCAAAGAAAUUUUUUUGGUUUUUUAAUUUCAGAUGAGUCAGUCAUGAGUUAUCCUGCCUACGGCAUGGAGACUUUUUGUUGAGGUGACUCGUCUCUCCCCACUACCACUGGCUUAUUUUUCAAUAUUUUUUUAUGAAAAUUUAGGAGAAUAUUCUUGGAAUGAUGCUUAAUAAUGUCACAAAUUUUAAGAAUUUUAAUAACGAAGGUACUCUGAAAAAAAAAACUACAACAAUAUCCCCUUUUUUUGUAUCUCAGACUCCUUUCCCCCUUAAGGUAAGCGACCCAGUACCCGAUCAGGGAACUAGUACCCGAUCGCUCAUAUAUUUGUAUAUUUAUAUUUACUAAAUUUUACUAAAUAUAGAUAUACAAAUACAUGGAGUGAUCGGAUACUAGUUCCCUGCUCUUGGCCUAGAUCUUUUACCUCAAUAUAAUAAAUAAAAUAUGAGGUUUUGUCUACUCGGUAUCAAUAAUUUGAACUUAAAUUUAAUUUGAAUCAAUCGUUAAUUUAUCAAGUAAAUUGAUAAUUAGUAGCAAACUUUUUUUUCUAUUAAAAUUAUUUCGAAAUUUACACUCCAGUAACAAAAUUUUUCAUAAUUAACUUAAUAUUUUAUUAUUUAAAAUUUAAAAAUGAUUUGAAUUAUUUGCACAUCUCUUGUAUUGAUAAAAAAUGAAAAUUAUUUUGGAAAAAGUGUAAGCUGAAGUAUAAAAAGAAUAUUGAAAAUAACUUUUAGGAAAUAAUGAUAAGAAAAAUUGACCAAACCUUGAAAGAUAAAAAAAAGUAACAAGUGCAAUCGUCAUUUGUAAAUGAAAUAAUAAUUAAUCAUGUAUGUACAUGUGUAUAUAUUUUUUCGCAUUCACAUAAUGACUUAAAUUAGCCACACAUUAGUGGAAAAAAAAUGAUAUUUAAAAAAUAUUUUAGAGUUAAAGUAAUUAAUUAAUUAAUUAAUUGAUUAAUUGAUUGAUAAUUAUCAUAUAAUUGUGUUCCGUAUAAAUUAUUAUUGAAAAUAUAUAUUAUCAAGGUGCGUACAAGUAGACUGAAUAAAUUAAUUGAUGAAAUGCUUUGUCUCGGUUCCAAUGUUAUUAAAAAAAAAAAAAAACUAAAAAACAAAAACAAAUAGAUAUAUCUUGUAAUAUUUAACUACGAUAUUUGUUUUUGGCUGCGAAUUUACUUAUAAAUUAUAAUUAUAAUUAUUAUUGUAACUAUAAGUAUCCAAGUGUUGUCAUGACUUUAAAAAAAAUAAUAAAUACUAGAGGAGUAAUUACAAGGUAAUAAAAAAAAAUAAAUAAAUGAAUAUACGUAUAUUAAUUAAUUGAUUAAACAAUAUAUUAUAUUUAAUCGUAAUAUCUACGAAUUGACAAUUGAUGCGUGAUAUAUGAUAAAUAAACGGUAAAUUAUAAUUAUGUAAAGAAAAAAAAAUAUCUUUUGAAUUUAUUCAUUUGCAGAUGUACAAUUUUUUUUAAAAAUAAAAUACAUGGUUCAUCAUG